GCACAAAGCUGGUUGACGCUGUUGUUCGUGUUCGACAUGUCCACACUGUUCCCCUCUCUCUUCCCCCGGAUAACGGAGUCCCUGUGGUUCAACUUGGACCGACCCUGUGUGGACGAGACUGAGCUGCACCAGCAGGAGCAGCAGCACCAAACCUGGCUGCAGAGCAUUGCGGAGAAGGACAACAACCUGAUGCCUAUAGGGAAACCUAUUUUUGAGGCAGGAUAUGAUGAAGAGGAAGAGGAGGACGACGAGGAUGAGGAGGACAGCGAGGAAGACUCAGAAGACGAAGAAGACAUGCAGGACAUGGAUGAGAUGAAUGACUACAACGAGUCACCUGAUGACGGCGAGAUAAACGAGGUGGACAUGGAGGGACCAGACCAAGACCAAGACCAGUGGAUGAUUUAAAGACAAUGUUAGUCUCCAUGAAGCUGUCUUGCACUGGAUUUCUACUCCCCAUUUAAACAUGACCCUUCAGCCUGGGGCAUAGAUCUAUAUUUUUUAUUUGUAUAAACAGGAAAGGAAUAAAGAAAAAUCAAGGAUUAUACAAUGAUAUCCUUCAGAGGGAGUUUGGGUAAAUCCAGCACGAGCGCCUCAUGUCAAGCUGCAGUUGGCCUUGAAGGCGUGGGAGGUUGUUGGACAUCGCUGUGAGUGUUGCUUCCUGGCACAUGUCCACAUUGUUAAAAUACUCGCAUGGAUGUGUGUUUGCGCGCCUGUGCACCUGUUUUUCUUUCUUUUCUUUUAGCGGCAGUGUGUGAACCUGUCAAAUACAUUUAACCAUUCAGUCCAAACAAAGAGUUUCCACAAGCCUCUCCUGCUCUAACACGCACACACACACACACGCACACACAC